UGCGUCAUCACUGAUUCACACUACUGCGUGUUCACAGGACCUUGGGCAGAUCCAACUCUCCAUGAGACUCGAGCCACAGGCAGAGAGACUAACUAUAACGCUUUCAAAGGCCAAAGACCUACCGAAGAACGCGUCCGGGCAGACGCCGAACGCGCAAGUGAAAAUCUCAGUCAUGCAACGCACGAAACAGCAGACGAAAGAAUCUCGCGUAAAGAAGAGGUCGUGUCAUCCUUCGUGGAAAGAAGCCUUUUCCUUCCUCAUCAACGUCGACCCGGAGAAUCUGCACUACUACACGAGCGUGACCGUGACGAUACACGACCCAGAGAUCGGUGGUGAGAGCGGAGUAAUAGGACAGGUGCGGUUUGGUCAGGGUGCUGUUCAAAACUCGGAGAUAGCGCAUUGGAAAAAGGUCCUGCAGAGCAUGCGUAAAGAGUCGACCGAGUGGCACCGGCUUAUGGUAUGCGAGGAUGAGAGAGACUGACGCACACUCUAGGCUAAAUAAAAUCAGGACCACUUUUAGACGAAGAGACUACUGUUAUAUAUCAUUCUAUACGUGCGUCUUUUGGACGUGUGUACGAUGCACACGACCGAAAAGUGCUUACGUCGUCGUAACAAGAUGGAGGAGGAUAAAACGGAAGCAUCGAAGGGGACAGAAAUGAGCGUUAUUGGCGCAUUUUUCGAUCGAUCGAGACGAGCCGCGAGUUGUUUUUGCUCUUUAGAAAAGGCUUUGGUUAUCAUUCACUUGCGCCAGUUUGUCGCUUUUCGUUGUGCAUUCGAGACGCCAUUCCUCGAACGCUUCUCGCUGAAAGCUGUCUGAAUGACGAAAAUAAAACCGAUAAUCCCUAUUACUUGGUGAUAUGGCCGAGAAAAUCCAUUAUGCCCGAGCCGUGCGGCAAGGCGCUAUAUGGCGGAACGUCAGCCUUGAAUUGCCAGAAAGACUUCAACAAUCCACUCACAUUGGCGCUGAAAUGCCGAGUUACAUUCCGUUAAUCGCGGAAAGUCGAUGAUUAAAUAAUUAUACGCUCGCCAGAUGGCGACACAGAUUGGACAAUCGAUCGCGUCUGCGUUUGAUAUGUAGCGAGCGAUAUUAGUGGUGCUAAUCAGUGCCACCGGAUCAGCGGUUAAGAUGGAACUAUAGCCUGACAAAUGUGCAGCUAAAUAGCCGCUGAGUUUAGGAAUGCACGGCAGGAUAUUCGUGAAUGGCGCUAAUACUAUGACAUCAGUAGUCUAAUGCACAUGAACGCGCGCAAUCGAUACAUGGAUGCAAUCGACAUCUUUCAUGCGCAUUGCAUACGAAAGAAUCACGCUAUCAAUGAUUUACCUAAUCAAUUUUGAUUCAAGAAACGCGCGGUACAAUAUAUAUAUAUAUGCGUCUGUACUUGACUAAACGACGUUCGCCUUCUUCCAUAAGUUUAUAUCGUAGUAAUUUGACAUCGAUAUAGCGAGAGGUCUAGAGCCGCGCAAUCAAGGAUUAAGUAAUAACGGCAACCUGAGCAAGAAUUGACACUCAAUGUCGAAUAGUUUAUGAAAGGAAUCACACGCUCGCCUACGAAAAAUGUUAAUCCUUAGCUACCGCAUUGACAAUCGAUUAGACUCACGUUAAAUGAGAUACGUGAAGAAAUAGGCGCAUUUCACAAUAGCCUUGAAAUUAACUAUAAUGAACUAUAUUCAGGUAUAAGACAAAAAAGUGAUCUGGAGUAAUUUACUAUCGCGAGUGAACAUUUACAUUGUAAUGCUGAUAGUAGGUGUUAAUAGGCUAUAAGACUAGCUAGGCGUGUAGUUGUGUGUAUAGAGAGAUCAAUUCGAUUAAUUCGGGUAUUAGAAAGUAAUCGAAUAAUUUUGUUUGCCAAAUACGGUUGCAUAUAAAAAUGUCAAAAACUGUCGUACAGAACUUGAUGUUAUAUUGUAUAUGUCACCAUAACCAUAUGUAGGGAUCGACACGGAAUGUGUUAGAGAGAUGGAGACAGCUAGAAUGUCUCCACAUGUCUUGUAUAUUUUUUUAUUUCAUUCCACUCCGGAAAAACCCACUUACAUUAUUUUUAUCGUUAACGGAGUUUCUAAUCUCUUUCAUGUUGUAAAGCUAUAAGAGUAAAGGUUCAUUAUUGUUUCAGCGUAUAUACCCGUUAAAUAUUAUAGCGUGUAUAAUUAAAGUAGUUUCGUUACAAAACGUAAA